AUGCGAACCGGCACACGACUCACACCUCCAUUGUUGUUUAACGCCGGUAAUGUCAGUAAUGGUGUUGAGAAGUUUGAGUCGUUAAAAAUCUCCUGUCAUAAUAGAAGCUCGAAAGAACGCUUGACGUUAUGGGACACUGGCGGGAUGGAGCGCAUGAGUUUCAUUGGACAGAGCUAUUACCGCGGUGCACACGCGGCCCUGCUCUGUUACAGUAUGACCAACAAGGAAACGUUCGCAAUUUUAUCACAGUACAUUCUUGACAUUGUUAUGAACGCAGAAGGUGCUAAGAUAUUCUUGUGCGGGAACUUUGCAGACUGUGAAAGCAGCGAUCGUGUCAACGAGACAGACAUUGAGAAUUUUACACGCGAGUGCGGUAAUGUUUUGUCUGGCUCUUACCAGGUCUCGUGUAAAGACCGGACAGGCGUCACGGAAAUGUUCACGGACAUGGCCCGCGUGUUACACAGGGAGAACGCAAAGAAAAUGACGCUGAGAAACGAUCUUAUACGUCCAGGGGAAACCCCAGACCAGAUUGAAGAAUACCACAAAAAGAAAAGUGCUGUACGUCGGCAUGAUGGCUGGGGCCUGACCCUUGCUUUGACAUAUGUAGUCUUUUCCACUCUCAUUUUAUCGCCUUAG